UUCAUCUCGGCACUACUCAGCCCGCGUGGACCGACCGGAAAGCAUUCACAAGUUUGCCUACGGGAAGGAAACAACGUUUGUCCGACUGGUGUGGUGUGUUCACGCUGCUCUUCAUAGUUCCUUCUCGAAACGCCUUCCUUUCGUUUCGUUGUAAAAGUGUCAACCGGGAGCCGUUCCCAGUGAAUUCAAAAUUCAAUCCCUACGCCGUUUGCUCUGCACCCUGACAUCGUACAAAAUGUCCAGCCCGAAAGCUGAUAUUGCACUGAUCGGUUUGGCCGUGAUGGGACAAAACUUGAUCCUCAACAUGGAUUCGAAGGGUUUUGUCGUGUGCGCCUACAAUCGUACUGUGGAUAAGGUGACCCAUUUUCUGGAGAAUGAAGCCAAAGGUACCAACAUCAUCGGUGCCACCUCCCUGCAGGAUAUGGUGAACAAGCUGAAGAAACCGCGCAAGAUUAUGAUGCUAGUUAAAGCCGGCAGUGCGGUCGAUGAUUUCAUUAACCAGCUGCUUCCGUUGAUCGAGAAGGGCGAUGUGAUCAUUGACGGCGGUAACUCGGAACACCAGGACUCGGCACGCCGUUAUGAGGAGCUGAAGGCUAAGGGCAUCCUGUACGUCGGCUCGGGUGUUAGCGGUGGAGAGGAAGGUGCUCGCUACGGACCUUCCCUCAUGCCCGGUGGACACCCGGACGCUUGGCCGUUGAUUAAGGAUAUCUUCCAGGCUAUUUGCGCCAAAUCAAACGGCGAUCCAUGUUGCGAAUGGGUCGGCGAAGGCGGUGCCGGUCACUUCGUGAAGAUGGUGCACAACGGCAUCGAGUACGGUGACAUGCAGCUGAUCUGCGAAGCGUACCAUCUGAUGCUGGCGCUUGGCAUGACUCAGAAGGAGAUGGCGCAGGAGUUCGACGAGUGGAACAAGGGCGUGCUGGAUUCGUUCUUGAUCGAGAUCACCCGGGACAUUCUGAACUAUCGCGACGAUGAGGGAUACUUGCUGGAGCGUAUCCGUGACACGGCCGGCCAGAAGGGCACGGGCAAGUGGACGGCGAUUGCCGCCCUGCACCAUGGCGUCCCGGUGACGCUAAUUGGCGAAGCGGUCUUCUCCCGCUGUCUGUCGGCGCUGAAGGAGGAGCGUGCUCGGGCCAGCAAACAGCUUGCCGGGCCCGGCACGAAAGCGUCCGUUGCGGAUCGCAAGCAGUUCCUCACGCACAUCCGCAACGCGCUGUACUGCGCAAAGAUUGUAUCGUACGCGCAAGGAUUCAUGUUGCUGCGCGAGGCGGCCAACGAGUACAAGUGGAACUUGAACUACGGUGGCAUUGCGCUGAUGUGGCGCGGCGGUUGCAUCAUUCGCAGCGUCUUCCUCGGCAACAUUCGCGACGCGUUUGUGCGUAAUCCGCAGCUGUCCAAUCUGCUGCUGGAUGAUUUCUUCAAGAAGGCCAUGAUGGACAACCAGCAGUCGUGGCGUGAGGUGGUUAGCCAGGCAGUACUGUGGGGCGUGCCGGUGCCGGCUCUGUCAGCUGCGUUGGCAUUCUUCGACGGUUACCGCUCGGAACGGCUGCCGGCAAAUCUGCUACAGGCCCAGCGUGACUACUUCGGUGCGCAUACGUACGAGCUGCUGGGCAAGGAGGGCAAAUUUGUUCAUACCAACUGGACCGGCAAGGGUGGCAACGUGUCCGCCAGUACUUAUCUGGCCUAAGACCCUGUGCCUUCCGGUUUGAUUGGCACUCACCAUUCCAUCAUCGCAGAAUCACAAUCUCCUGUUUACCCCCUUCCGGAAACAGUGUUUGGCAUUGUUUGGCAUUUGCUCAUUGAUUUCGUCAGUACGCGUAUAUGCGGUGCAGCAGUUAUUUAUUGUUGAUAUUUUUGUACUCUGUUUUCCUUGUAAUAAAAAAAAGUUUAACACGAA